AUGAUUCGACACAUUAACGUGUGGAAGCAGGCACUCUCAGAAAUCCUGUCCUUUGUGCCUGUUCCCCGCAACUCCGGGGUCAGAAAUCUGCUGCUAGUCCUCAAAUACAUGUACAACGUCAAUGUAUUUUUACUGGACCUGAGGCGAGCAACCAUUUUGGAAGACACCUUUGAACAACUGGCGGAUGCUUGUGACACAGACUACAAGAAGCCACUUAGAGUCUUGUUUGAUGAAAUGAUCGAUGAGGUCUACAGGAAAGACUUUUUUUAUGAAGUCUUUCAUGACUUGAUCUCAGCUGAAUCUGGAAUGUUCAUGUUCAAUGACUCUGAAACACUGGCAUGGUUCUCCUCAAAACAUCAGGCAACUCAGGAAGACCAGCGUUUCUUCCUGUUUGGAGUUCUGUGUGGAUUGGCCUUGUACAACCAGUGCAUCAUCCACUUACCCUUCCCACUGGUGCUGUUCAAGAAGCUGCUCGGUGUAAGGCCUUCACUGGAGGAUUUGAUAGAAUUCAACACAAGUGUUGGAGAGAGUCUGCAGUACAUUCUGGAGGACUACAAAGAUGAUGACUUGGAAAACCUGGACAUGUAUUUUUCGAUCAACUGGGAUGGAAAGGACAUUGACCUUGAUCCUGAAAGUCCUGAAAAGUUGGUGACAAGUCAAAAUAAGUGA